AUGACACUAGAUUAUUCUAUACUCUUCCCUACCGAUUCGCUGAUCCUGCCCACGAAACGCCGUUACUUUCCCUUCAAAAUCCCAAACUUUCAUCAUCAGCUCCGCCACUACAUAAGCACCGCAGAUCCCGAUCGUGUAUAUUUCGUCGCCCAUAAGGUAGUCCACUCGAUCCACGUGAAGUCGCAGAGAUGGGAUACGAUUGAACGAAUACCAUUUGAACCGAAAUGCCUUGCUGCAGCAUAUGGGUGGAUCGUUGUUGGGGGUUCUGAUAAUGGGGAGUGUGCAUUUAUUAGUCUCCCUGGCCGAGAUCCGCGUGCCGCAAGUGAUGCAAGGUCAGGACUCGGAACAGCAGACGUAGAUACCGCAUUGCCCAUUGAGCUGGACGCGGACACAAGGGUACCAACAGCGCCACCAGGUGCUUCGACAGAACAACGACCAUAUCUUGGGGUUCUAGAGAGUGGCACUGAUCUGCCGGAAAUCUUCACCAAAGCGCUGACCGGCAGUAUCGUGAAUUCUGUCACAAUCCAUCGCUUGCCAGCCGACGAAAGACUCGGAUUCGCCCAUGAGGACAUCGCUGUAUUCAGUAAUAAUGACAAGACGAUCAAGAUCUUCUCACUGACGCGGCGCCAACUCCUCGAAACCAAACAUCAUCCCAAGUGUAUGAACUAUGCCGUAAUUUCCCCAGACUCCAGACUCCUUGCGGCCGUGGGAGACGUGAACUUUGCAUACUUCUAUCGAAUCAUCCGAGACCCGAAUAGUAUUGACUUCGGAUGGGGAAAUGAGCGCUUGUCAGGUUGGACCUGGGAUCUUUGCUGUCGGAUAGAGUUGCCUCUGAGUACCGACUUGAAUAUGAGCCCGAACUUCGACGAUGGUAGCUGUUUCACUAUAGCCUUUUCACCCUCGAGCCGGUUAUGCGCCAUUGGCUCACAGUCCGGUAUCAUCAGCGUUUUCGACGUAAAUGCGCUUCUUGAGUGUGUCUCUGGAGCACAAGGCUGCGAAGCUCGCGUGGCCUUAUUUCGAUCAUCCCGAGCCGACUCCGCUGGCGCAGUACGCAGUAUGGCGUUUUCGCCAGAACCGUGGGAUCUUCUGGUGUGGGUUGAAGAUACCGGAAGAUUUGGAAUAGUUGAUAUUCGCUCCGGCUUCUUUCGCCGGCAGAUUGUGAAUCUGGAUAGAGACGACCCCGAGACGCAAAAAGUCCGACCUAUAUAUAAUUCACCAUACUUGGUACGCUCAGAAGGUGAAGAAAAUGAUUUUGGAUUGAAUACCGGCACCUCUGAUAGAGUAACCUCAUUGCGCGAAAGCGUUCAAGGGCUCACUGAAAGGGAACGACAGAUCAUCGAGUUUCUCAACACGGCUCGGUCGUCAUCUCGACAAGAAAGUGAUGCAGAAGAUCGGGCACCGAGUACCGACAGUCAUUCACGGCAACACGCCACUUCAUCAUCCCUAGGUGGUGCUACUGAUAAUGCUGAUCACCCCUCCCGUACUACCUCACCAUUCCGCUCUACAGAUGCCGCGCUUCAGGAGUUCUUUCGGGAGCACUACCCUGGACGGGCUGGUUCUACAGAGCGAAGCUUUGGCCAAAGACGUCGUGCGUCCAUUGUGAUAUCGCAACCUAGUCAAGGUGCAGACUCGGCACCCAACACGCAAAGUGGCGACGACAGUAAUAGAAAUACUACGUCUGACUUUCAGUUGCGACUUAGGUGGACGGCUUCGCCCACAAACAUGCAACCCUCAGAAGGCACUUCACAUAGCAACGGUGCUAGUCUUGAACAUGAGUUGGAAAAUACCGGAUCGGGCACCGAUAACGGUCAAACGGGUUUGAGUGCUGGAGCAGAGGUCUGGAAUAUAGCUUACCCCGAUGAAGAACCGCCAACGGAAGCGUGGCAAACAUCGCAACGGUCGAGAUCGAUUCCUCGUCGUAUUCCGCGCCCCGGUGCUACGACAGAAAGUCGGUACGAUGCACAACGCGCAUCAGCAGCAGAAAUGCGGGCUAGCGUAGCCGCAGAACGACUGCGACGGCAACGACUUGCAGCUAAUGAGAUUCGUUCGCCAAGAUGGAUUAGGCAUAUUUUGAGUAGUGACCAGGCUGACAGACAUUUUGGUUACGUGCCCCAGGACCAAGAUCCUGCAGAUACUGCAGGAGUUGGCUGGGGCGCCGAUGGUAGAAGCUUGUAUAUUGGGACGGUAGAAGGGAUCUUUGAAUUCCAAAUCAACGUGCAGGACCGCAAAAGUUUUCCAGUCUUUUCUUGCCGAUAA